GAGAAUUCUUGCGCAAUACUGCUUAUCUCUGUUGUGUUCUUGAGUAUAUAAGAUGGAAACUCGAGAAGCUUUAUCUGCUCUUUGCAAUUUUCCUCUACUGAAUGCAGCUUCUCACCGGCGUAAUGAACCUGAGAAUUGGAAUCUUAGCCCUACUAUCGGCAAUAUCAGCUGUGAAUGCCGACAACUGGGCUGUUCUUGUCGCCGGGUCAAAGUCUUGGAGUAACUACCGACAUCAGGCAGGAGUCUGUCAUGCCUACCAAGUUCUGCAUGACCAUGGGAUACCCGAUGAUCACAUUGUGGUUAUGAUGUACGAUGACCUGGCAGAUAAUUUUGAAAACCCAACCCCAGGCGUCGUCAUAAACCGCCCAGACGGUCCCAAUGUCUACGAGGGCAUCGUCAAGGACUACACGGGUCGUGACGUCACUCCAGACGUUUUCUUCAAGGUUCUGACGGGCGACGAGGCGGGAGUCGCUGGAAUUGGCUCCGGCAAAGUGAUCAAGAGCGGGCCCGAAGAUCACAUCUUCAUCAACAUGGUCGAUCACGGCAAUGUCGGUUUCUUCUCCUUCCCCUCCGACCACAUGUACGCCGAUGAUCUCUUCAAGGUUAUCAAGGACAUGCACGACAACAACCAGUACAAAGAGAUGGUGAUGUACAUGGAAUCAUGUGAAUCAGGGUCCCUGUACGAUGGCAUCUAUCCAGAUAAUAUUGGGUUUUAUGUAACGACCUCGGCUGACCCCUCCGAGUCUUCCUACGCUUGCUAUUUCGACGAACUCAGAGACACGUACAUUGGCGACCAGUUCGGCUGUUGCUGGAUGGAGAAUUCUGACGAGAGUGACCUCACUACACUGACCCUAGGGGACCAGUAUCAAAUCAUAUACGAGUGCAAUUACCAAUCACACUCUCCAUGGUAUGGACAGCCAUCUAUGCGGGACGAGGUCGUCGGUGUUUUCCUGGGAAUGGGAAAGACCCAGCAGAGGAAGUCUUCUGGAGGAUCUCGUUCCAAGGACGAUGCUGUACCAAGCGUGGAUGUACCUCUCUUCAUCUUGAAAAAUAAGAUGAAAAAAGCCAAUGGUGACGAGAAGAUCGCGCUUCAGGCUCAGAUUAACGGCUUGUUUAAGAAACGAGAAUUCGUUCAAGAAACAACCAAGAACAUCGCAACGCUGGUGACUGGCGAUGAAGAGCUGGCGGAAUAUUACAUUGAAAAUCCGAUGAGAAAAGUCAACGACUGGGCCUGUUACAAAAGAGCCGUCGAUGCCUUCAACGAUAAGUGCUUCCGGUUUGGAGAGAAUCCUUUCGCCAUGACAAUGACUCCGACGCUGUUGAACCUCUGCGAGAACAACUUCGGAGCCGAUAACAUCGUCAGGAGAAUCGAACAAGUGUGCAACUUUGGAUUUGUUAGCGGCAUCGAGUAAUGUAAAACUCAUUUAACAGGGAACAAGAAUAUUUCCGAUGUAACCAACUUUCGUCAUUAAUUCUGUUUUGUUUUUUUAGAAAUACAGGAAUGAGAUGUCUGCUUACGUAAACGAAA